AUGAAGACUAGAUCGGGAAUUGCAGUCCUGGUGGUGGCGAUGCUGGCGGUCCAGGCCGCGGCCGACAUCUCGUGCCCCGACGUGCUCAACGACCUGUCGCCGUGCCUGCCCUUCCUGCAGGGCAACGCACCCCUGCCCAGCGACCAGUGCUGCGGCGGCGUGAGGGCCCUCUACGCGGCCGCGGACACCAGGCCCGCGAGGCAGGGCACGUGCCGGUGCCUCAAGGCGGCCUACCUUCAGGUCCACGCCCAACUGCCCGCGGCGCAGGCGCUGCCCGGCGACUGCGGCGUCCCGAUCUCCUACAAGAUCACCCCCGACAUCGACUGCGACAAGUGA